UGGCGAUCGUUAUUUUGGCUCGUAUGUAUGUUCUCCGUUGUAUGAGGAUCGUCGUAUGUAAGUCUUGUCCUCGUGUCGUGUGGUCCUCGUCGCUUUAGUGAGUGCAAAAGAGUGAAGAUCUUCGAAACGGUAUGUGCGAACGCAUUUGCGCUAGCUCCCCGGUCUUUCGAUGCAGCACCAAAACUCAUUGCUAUUGUUCAUUGAUUGAUUCUCUAGUGCGCGAUAUGAAUUCUAUCGACUAAAAAGAAAAGCAAAGGACUCGACAAACCAAACGCAAAAUCGAGCCCGCAGAGCAGAUGAAUUGCGCAACCUUAUCUCAUCGCGUAUUGCUCGAGCCGAAUUUUUAUCCAGCUCGCCUUCCAGCAAGUGAAAACGUAAGUAUCGGCAGCGAGGAAGCAUUUAUCCGUUAUUUCAGGCCGCAGCAGCGUCGUGCAAGAGCAGGACCGAUUCGAUAUUGUCAGACGACAUCAAGCGAAAAGAAGAAGAACGGUUCGUUCUAGCUCAAUAUUUUUAGUUCGCGAUGAUGUUGCGAUAGGACCACAAGCAAUUCGUUUCAAAGCAGGAAUUCAGAUCCGUCAUUUAAACCCUUGAUGAUCUGACGCAUGCAACUUUACAGAAUCGUACACUAACAUAGCAGGGAAAUGCAAAAGAUCAGCUGCCAGGCUGUUGUUCUUAUUGCGAGUCUCAGCUGACCUCGACCUAGUGCCUUGCACAGCCAGAAAUCACAUCCACAGCACCACCUGUUAGCAUCACUACAAGCAUCAUCACCACCACCCUUUCUGAAAAUGAAAAACUUCUCGACACGCGUGUGCAAGAAGGUGUUUUCCUCCUCCUCGACGCUCGGAGGGGCCGCUCCGAACACAGCCGGGAACUCCGCCUCAGCCCGUUUUGGAUUGCAUGCAUUUCAAGAAGCGGCAAGCGGCCGGAGCUUCAGCACAAUCACGCGGCGACUCCUGCCCUCCCGCGAGACCGGAGGCAAAAUGCUGAUGGGCGGAACCCUGUGGGCAGCCGGGGAGGUGCUGACGCAGCUGGUCACCACCGCGCCAGGGCUGGCGACGGCAGACACAGUAGAAGACACGGAUAUGAAAGCGGGCGUGGCACGCAGGACGAUUGGGCUGCAGAACACAAAGAACACUGCGUCCUUUAGUACUGAAGAUGGUGUUGAGGAACUCGAAUUGUUGCGCGACGAGGGGUCGGAACAAGAACGCACGCUCGUACACCAGGAGGAGCUCCGCCGUGAGCUGCAAAGGGGCGGGACGACCAGUACCAUUUUGUCCUCGCCAGUUUCCUUCCUCCAGAACAUGAACAUCGACCUCACCCGCAUUGGGCACUCGUUCCUCGUUGGCGGCUGUCUGUUCACCCCGUUGGCCAAUUUCUGGUACGUGCGCGCGGACAAGCUUUUCCCCGUGGCUAUGGGUGCGAACGUGUGGUCGGGAAUUUUGAAGAAGGUGGCCUUCGACCAGUCGGUGUUCACCCUGACCGUGCUAACGACCGUGUUCUCCGCGUUUUCCCUCCUCCAGGGCAAAACGGUGCAGGACGCCUGCAAGAAGGUGGUGCAGGAGGUGCCCUCCACCUUACCGAUGAACUGGGCGGUAUGGGGUCCCGUGCAGGCGUGCAACUUUCUGUUGCUGCAACCCCACCAGCGGAUCUACCUCGUCAACCUAGUCACCGUUCCCUGGACGGGGUAUCUCGCCUACAAAUCGAGGUGAAAAGGGUUAUUGGCAGCAAGUGCGCAAGACGGAUUGAUUGUCAUUGUGGAAGCCGGCGCGCAUAAAGAAGAUUUCUAUAGGGUAGAAUUAUUUUGUGGAGGUACUACGACGGAAACGCAAACGCAAUCAAGAUAAAUCAGUCCUUCGCGACAUCCGGGGUUUUCGAAUAUCAGCUAUCAUCCAAGCAAUGCAGGUUUUGUAGCGCGUGCAUUAUCACAAAAGAUUUUCUCCACAGAACUCUUACUUCCACCUGAACAUGCGCGCAUUUUAUAGCGGAGGGAACAAAGAAUACUAUAAGACCAAAACACCAGUUCUCGCUUGACCAUGAAUGCAUCUUCAAGGGAUUAUUGAUUGAUGUUCCCGAUUUCUGCAAGAGACGAGUGCGAACCACUCCAACCGCAAGUCGACCAGAUGUACUUCUGCUUCUAGCAACACAACAACCGACAUUCUAAUAUUUCCAAGAUAUCAUGUACGCGUACGCAGAACUAACGACGUUCUAAUAUUUCCAAGAAGGAGCAGAUUCAGAUUAAAAUGGUGUUGAAAAUAGCGAACGGCAGUUUUUAGCAUGGUGCAGGUUCCGC